AUGGUGUUAGUGGCGAAUUUAGAGUACACAACAACAACAACCACAUAUCGCAAUGAUCCAGGCCGCUUCUUUGGUGAUGGCGUGCAAUUUAAGGCUAAACUUAUUGGUAUACUCGAAGUGGGCGAGGCACGUGGUGAUCGUAUGUGCCAAGAGGCGUUGCAGGAUCUUAAAAUGGCCAUACGUGCCGCGGGCGAACACAAGCAACGAAUAACCAUACAUGUAACGAUCGAUGGACUACGGCUGCGUGAUGAAAAAACUGGGGACUCACUCUAUCACCAUCCCGUGCACAAAAUAUCGUUCAUCGCGCAGGAUAUGACGGAUUCACGUGCGUUUGGCUAUAUAUUCGGUUCGCCAGAUAGCGGCCAUCGCUUCUUCGGUAUAAAGACUGACAAAGCAGCCAGCCAGGUGGUGUUAGCUAUGCGCGACCUCUUCCAGGUUGUUUUCGAGCUGAAGAAGAAGGAAAUAGAAUUGGCACGCCAGCAAAUUCAAUCAAAAUCCAUUCACGAACAUCAGCUCGCCUCCCUAUCAUCGCUUAAGUCCGCCGCUGGCGGCAUUGGUGCUGGAUUGAGCAGCCACAAUGAUCUCAGUAGCACCGGUGGAGGCUGCGGUGGCAGCACGUUGUCGAUGCUUAGUGGAAUUGGUGGGCAAAGUCGUGCGACAACCUCGAAUCGUUUGGGUGUUAAUAUGGACAGCAAAGGAGCAGCCAAAGAGAUGUCUCCUGAGUCAGUUGCAGAUUUAGUUGAUUUGGAGCAGGAGUUAAGUUCCUUACAACGCGGUAUAACACAAAUGGAGCGCAUUACGCCUAAUGAGCCGGCGCAACCGUCACUCUGUGGCGUCGCUGGAAAAGCGACUAAUGAUGAUGAUCCAUUUGGCGACUCAUUUACCAACUUUCCUACUUACAACCUUUUGCCGCCACCCGAAUCUGGUCGAUCACGCCACAAGCCAAUUAAAUCGACUGAUUCAACACUCAAUCAACCGGCAACAACAUCUAGUGUAGCCCAAAAUGUUACACUAUCUUCUUUACUUUCACCUGCAGCAGUAUUGAGCAGUUCAGCGGGUACUUUGCACCAUGACGACGAUGACAAUUGGCUGCAUGAACUUGACCAGCAAAAUGAUGUUUUUGACACUUCAAAAGCUGGCUCAAUUGGCAUGGGUGUUAGCUUGGCAAUGGCACCGCUAGCGCCCAGCGAAUCUACGUCCACACCAACGCAACAAUUAAGCGAGAAUUCAACACUGGUAGAUGUGGAAUUAGCCGCAGCAGCUGCAAUCCAAGCUAAUGCCCAACUGUCUAGUGGAAGCGUAGCAACAACAAUGCCAACUGCUAUGGGAACGACAUCAUCUUCACCAAUACCAAUAUUGGGCGAUGGACCUUCGCAGCCGACAGCUGGCGGUGCAGUUAAGUCAGAUGCUUUUACAGAUUUGGAUCCAUUAGGUACGGGUCGCACGCGUCCCUACGUCGAUAAGAAAUACUUCUUCCAGGACCUUAAGAAUCCACCCAAGAAAGUGCUCAACGACUUGUCUUCAGGUGGCAAUGGCAUUGUCGAUAUAACCGCUACGGGUGUGCACUAUACCGCCGCCUCUGCGGUAGUCGAUGAAUUUCUCAGCAAAGAUGGUCUAUUCGAGGACAAUCUAACGAAUAUGGAUGGUCAAAGUGAAGGCGCUCAGCAAAUGCAACAGCUGCAGCAGCAGCAGCAGCAGCAGCAGCAUACAUUGCCACCACCACCACCAUUACUUAACAUUACUAACACAACUCAUACAUCAGGUAUAGCUGGCUUGCAAACAGCCCUAAACACUUCUAAAAUAAUGUCAAAUACCACGAUGUCUGCGACAACAGCAGCCACUGCAUCAACGACUACAACAACUUUACUAAUCGGUGUGCUUGCACCACCAUGCACAGCUAGCAUUUGCACCUGCACCAUAAGCAGUACCAAAUACACGAGCACCGCUUCUAAUGUUGUUGUGUCUAGAUUAACAAAUACUAACCACCAUAUAGCGUCUAGUAACAGUUUACUAACAACCUCCACCUACUCUACUAAUUCCACACCAGCUUCUACUUUAAGAAUGCACCAUUACCAGCCGACCUUAUCGUCGUCGGCAACAUCUUCGUGCCAUACAACAGCUAUACCUACUAAUCUACAUUUAAAUCAUUGCACUUUAGACUCCACGACAACGACGAUUGCCGCAGCCGCUGUUGGUGAUGUCGUGAUGAUGCCACGUGACACUGACCCAUUUUCCCCGACGCGCAAGAUGAGUGACCCCUUCCAAGAGGGCAAUGACGUUUUUGCCAAAUUGGAUCCCUUCGAGUUUGAGUUCAACAACGCUGAGGUCAAUCAAGGUAGCUCACCAUCCGCCAGCGUUGAAGCGCGACGUUCAGCGGAUGUUUUCAAUGGGCCGCUACAAGUCAAUUUACCGCCAGAGAGCAGAAUUUCUCCAACGCCCGCACAACCGCUCAAUACUGCGGCCCAGUGGCGUGCGGAUGUUGCGCGCUUGGAAAGACAAAUGAAUGAACCUGUAGCCGCAAUGGGCAACGGCAGCGUCAUAACAGCUGGAGGCGUAAGCAGCACUGUGCGUUCGCGUCCAACGCCUUCAGGCCAGUUGUCGGCUAUGGCGCAGCCCUCGUCAGUCUUCAAGCAGCAAACAGCUGAUGUUAUUUCCAGCAUCAGCAAUAAAAAGAUGCCGCACUUGUUUGGCCAGACGCGCUUCUCCAAGCGCGAUUCGAAUAGCAUCAAUAUGUGUCGGCUGCAGGAGAGCGACUCACUGAGCGAAAAUGAGGCCGCGCCGGAACCACCGCCGCGUCCAGAUUCGGCGCUGCAUGCAGAACCGCCGCCAUUGCCGCCCAAGAAACAAUUUAACGAUAUUAUCAUUCGUCCGCGCGUGACCUCAGGCAAUGCAGUACCACCCAGCGCGCCAACGGCUAGUUUGAGCAGCCGGUAUGAGUUCGUCAACACCUCCGCAGCGAAGACUUUGCGCGCCGCUGGCUCCGAAGUUCCACCGAUACCGUUGCCAUCACGUCGCGUCGGUCGCUCAGAUGGCACCUAUCCUGGACCAGGACGACCACGAAAACCUGGCCACACUGAGGAUGAUUACUUGGCGCCCAUAAGUAGCGUUGGCAAUAUUGGUAGCUCAGCGCCGACCGAUGUGCCACCGCUGUUGCCACCGCCAACGCAGACUUCGACGCGUUCGCGCGCGCAACGCCAGCAUUCGCUAUCGAAGCCACAAGAUAUCUACGAAAACAAGUUGGAGAUUUUGCAACAACAACAGCAGAAACAACAGCAAGCGCUUGCUGAAAGUGCUUGCGCGCCAACGGCGGCUGCAUCGUUGAUACCUGAUAUCACAUUGAGCCAGUUAAUGACGUUGAGUCUUGACGAUUUGGCCGCGAAAUUGAGUGUACCCGUUAGCAAAUUGAGCACCAUGACGUUGGUGGAGCUAACUUCGUAUCUCUCAGAGUUUAUUGAAAAAUCAAAGCCACAGCGCGCAACCGCGGCAGCAGUUAGAGGUGCAAUUGGUGGCGAUCAAGCGCUCGCUACUCAUAUGAGUCCGCUGCCUGCACGUCGCCUUGAAAUGCAAACUGUCGGUGCUGAGCCAAUGCCAAGCUUGGCGCAAGCCCAUGUUUUUAAGGUAAAUUUCGACCAGCAGGCAACCUUUGUGGCCAAGUUUGACGAUACGUUCGGCGAGGAUCUGCCGGCCCGCAGAGCAGAUGGCCAAAGUCAAGAUGCAUUUGCCGAUUUCGAGCAGUUCAACGAACCGCCAGUCGCGCCCCCGCCAAUACUGAGCGAAGCCAGUCGUAGUGCAGCGCUUGUGCCCUCUGCCGAUCGCUACGCCGUUUUCCGCGAAAUCAUUGACAAGGAGCUGCAGGAGCAGCAGGAAAAUGCAGACCUCAUUGGCGAGGUGAUUACCGAAAAUGAAGACGGCAGCGGAGGUUUGUCACUAACGGCGGGUGCUACUGACUCCACUAUCGCGGUAAGUGCAGUUGAUGAGAUGGGCGCGCACUUCGAAGCUAACUUCGACGAUGAUGACUUCUUCACGACGAGCGCUACAGUUUGCGGCCAGGUACAGCCCCCGAAGAUUGAUACGAAAAUAACAGAAGUGGUGGCGCAGUCAAAAGACCGCUAUGCCGCGCUACGCGAUAUAAUACUCGUAGAGAACCUCUUCGACAAUAAGCCGCCCGCGGCAUUGCAGGCUUCACAAGAGUUCCCUGACUUUAGCGACGAAUUGAACGAAGAUCAAGAUCAAGACCUUAAGCACAUAAUGGACGGACGCGUCAGCAGUAGCGGGCCAGAUCGUUUAGGUUUGGUUGACAGCCGCGGCUUCCCAGCGGAGCCUUCCUCAUCUGCAUUAACUGUGGAGGACGACGAAGAAGAUGACGAUGGCGGCGGCGAAAGCAGUUUGGAUAGUAACGACAAGGACGCUGAUGUCACCGGUGAUGCGCAGGACAAAUACGAAAAGCUAUCUACAUCCACGCAGCAGCUAGAUGGCGAGAAGUCUGACAAACCCGAUAUGAUUGACAGCCUUCCCGAGCGCUCCGCCUCCCAACCUUCACCGAAUUUAUUGAAUGCCAAACAGGAUAAUAAGUUCCUCACUGUGGCUGGCAGCAGUGGACUCUCCUCUUCCAAGGACGAUCUAGAAAUCGAUGAGCUUAUGCAACGAGCCAUAUCCAAUUUGUCGCUGGAUUCACGUGAACGCACCUCACCCGCGAAUUCAGCGACCAAUAUGCCUACAGUCAUUGUUACAUCAGGAAACUCAACAGCGUUGCCGCGUCCAAAUGUCACACUAUCGACGCAGGCGCAAUUUAACGACGUAAGCACAUCGCCCAUACCACUCCAGAAGUCGCCAACACCCGGUGCUGCCGUACAAAAAUCACCGCUUGUCAAGUCUCCACAACCUUCGCCAGUUCUGUCGCAACUGUCGGCUGUUUCGAACCUAAUUGACACGGCCACCAAACAAAUUGGCAUCGGUGGCAAUGUGCAAAAGGAAACGGAAGUUAAACACUCCAAAGAGUUUUGGGCCACUUUCGAUUCCCCCAAGCCAAGCAUCGAGAAGAUAGAUAAACGCGCGAGAGGAGUAACUAAGCCAGCGGUCAAGACUGCAUCACUACACUUGCCACCGCCACCACCGUCGAACACGUCACAGAACGAUACUGCGGAAUCGCCAUGCUCAUCAGAUCCACGUGAUGACGGUUGGAGCAAAAGCGGCAAUGUCGGACGCCGCUGGACGAAGAAAGAUCGCCAUCAGACGUCGUCGUCUUCACGUGAUUUGAGUCCAUGGGACGACGAGUUGUCCGACUUUCAGAAGCAAAAACGUAUACCAGGUGUGGGACCCAUAGCACCACCACCUGGAAUGGUAGAUCGACAUGGUUACUAUAUGCGACACACGCGACGCAUGAACUCCUGCGACGAGGACUACGACUACGACGAUGAAUUUAACGCACGCCGUGACCAUCGCAAAUUGAAACCUGGACUUUCGCGUAGCCGAGAUAAUUUCGAUUUAGAAUCUCCCCAAUGGUAUCACCAUGCACCGCAUCACACCUGGUCGCCGCAGGAGAUCGAACAAGCUGGCUUGCGUGCUCGCGCUUUUGAACGCAGCGCCUACGAGCGCAGCACUUACGGUCCACCCGUGUACGAUAAACGUGGCAUUGCACUGCCGCCUAAUGCAUCAUCAAGCUAUGAUCGCCGCAGCGCUUAUGACAAGCGCAGCAAAUACUAUCGCGACUAUGCGCGGCCAAAUUAUGAUUUCGACGCAUACGGUGACCCAUCGCUUGAUCGUUACCGCGAUGGCGGAAGCUUUGAAAAGGCGAAACCUGGUAGACGCGCAGACUAUGAAAAUAUCUACGAUGAAGGACGCUCACCCAUGGGUGGAAUUAUCAGUGGCGGCGCUGGAGGUGUUUUUAAGUCGCGCGCCGGCGAAUAUUUAUACGAACGCGAGCGUAAAUCAUUCGACCGGGAGAGCGUAGAAUCAUUUGAGAGCGCUACACGACGUCGACGUAGCUUCGGUAGCGGUGAUGUUUACGGAAGUAUUGAGAGUCACGAAGAAUUCCGUGAACGCUAUGGGCCGGAAAAGACGCGCUCGCUGCGGAAGGGCAUCAAGCUGCGCGCUACCGGCGACAUUGACUAUGAACAAGAUUCGGAAAACGAUUUCCAUCAACGCGCGCGUAUGAGUAGCGGUGCAAAUAUUGUUGGUGGUGUGGCAGAUACACGCAGCUUGCAGCGCCCCAAUCAACUGGCGUCGGCAGGUGGCGGGGGAAGCGCCAUGAGCAUGGGCAGUGGGCCGCCGCGUGCGCGCAAGAGUAGCGGUUCCAGUCCGUGGGAUGGUGAAGAACCUCCCUUGCCUGGCCAGAAAUCGUGGAAGCGCCCAUCAAGUGCUGCCGAUUCUGAACGACGACUGGCCGAAAGUAGACGGGCAGUCGCGCUCGGUCAGACUCCGUCGGGCUCAGAUGGGGAAAAGGAUCGCAGGUUCCGCAAGAAGCAGCGCUCGCGGGGCAAAGACAUUCCAUACAGUAGUGCUGGCGCGCCAACCACCACUGGCAGCCGCUACAGCAGCACAGUUUCGACAGUACCUCAUCCACGCGACAAUUACGAUUACAUAACAUACGACGACGAUGAUGUUGACGAUGAGGAAGACUAUGUUGAUGAAGAGUACGACGAGCCGCCCACGGAUGAGGACAAAUUUGAGCGCUUGAAUAGGCGUCGUCACGAAAUGCAUCAACGCAUGCUGGAGACUGAACGCAGGCAACAUUCUAUGGGCAAAGUGCCAAUCAGUUCCCUCAAAUGUAGUGCGCCAACGAGCGCUGCGAAGAAAUAUCCAACACGAAGCGGCGACUAUGACUUUGAUGAUUACGAGCAAACGCCCACACCACGUUCCAAUGCCAGCGCCAGCUUGGCAAGUGCCGGCAGCUCGUAUCUGGCAACAACCAGUGGUGGGGGUGGUGUUGUUGGCGGUGGCAGCACCGGGAGUGCUACGAAAUUCAGUUUCGAUGGUGGUUUUGAAUCGGACUUUAAUCAGAGUUCACCACCACCGGCCCCCGCUGGCACGGCGUCCAGUUGCAAUUCAACGCCGGCCGCCACUACUGCGAGCGCUUGCGUGACACCAGCGACCAAAUCGUCCUUCCGCUUUUCAAAUGAUUUCUCGGAACGUGAAAAAAUGCACAGCUUCGCACAAAACUCCACGAGUGUUAGCAGUUCGCAACAAUUUGAUCUGGAUGCCACGCAAUCGCCAGCUUCACAAAUGAUGCCACCCAUUAUAACACAGAAAUUGCGCUUCGAUGACAAUGUGAAGGUGUCACAAUUCGACGAUGCUGCUUUCGAGGAUGAUUUCUCAAAUGCACAGUUCGACUUUGAAAAGGAUGAUCAGUGGAAUGCGGACUCGUUGCAAAGCACAAGCAAUGCAACACUUCUGACAACCGCUGCGAAGAAACACAAUUUGAGGAACAGUAAACUGCAGCAGAGGCAAGAACUGAUCAAGAAAUCCGAAUCGAUUAACAUUUUUGCCAAGAAAUCAGAGGAUCCCUUCGAGGAUGAUGAGUUCUUUAAGGCGCCAAGCGAAGUGAAACUAGCGAACAACAAUAACAACAACAACAACACCGGACAACCAGCAGCUAAAUCGGGUGCAACGGACAACAGCAGCGGAUUUCAAUGUGACGACGAUUUUAAUUUUGCCAAAUUCGAUGAAAAUAUGUGA